AUGUCCAAGCCCUCCCUCAUCACCUUUACUCCAGCCAGAGAUUCUAAUGACCUCUGGAAAGAUGGUCAGCAACAACGGCAGCCCCAGUUUGAGGAGGUGGAACCUGCCUUGGAUGGGUCUGCAAUCCGAGCUUUCUAUGAGUCUUUGAUUUCUGAGGAGAACAACUCCACUGAGCCCCAGAGAUCACAGUCAGAGCCCGCCAGGAAGAUAAAAAGGAAGAAAAGAAGACUGAGGAGGGAGGUUGCAGCAGAAGCAGUGACAGCAGCAGCAUCAGAGGGAUAUGGACAAGAAUCCCUUGAGGCAGAGGACAAGAUGACCAACUGCAUACUGAGGGCAGCUCAGGAGGGUGACCUGGCAGAACUCAGAAGACUGUUGGAGCCCCGAGAGGCUGGAGGAGCUGGAGGAAAUAUCAAUACGCGGGAUACCUUCUGGUGGACGCCCCUGAUGUGUGCUGCACAAGCAGGCCAGGGAGCAGCUGUGCAGUAUCUUCUGGGCCGAGGAGCUGCCUGGGUGGGAGUCUGUGAGCUGGGUGGCCGGGAUGCUGCCCAGUUGGCCGAAGAAGCAGGCUUUCCUGAAGUGGCCCGUAUGGUCAGGGAGAGCCAUGGAGAGAUAAGAAGCCCCACGAGCCGACCCCACUCUCGCACACCACAGUAUUGUGAGACCUGUGAUACCCACUUUCAAGAUGCCAACCAUCACACAUCCACUGCUCAUCUGCUUUCACUGUCCCAGGCUCCAUGGCCCCCCAGCCUACCUCCUGGGGUGCCUUCCUCCAGCCCAGGCUUCAAGUUGUUGCUGAGAGGGGGCUGGGAGCCAGGAAUGGGGCUAGGACCUCGAGGUGAAGGUCGUGCAAACCCUAUCCCCACCAUCCUUAAGAGGGACCAGGAGGGACUUGGUUAUAGAUCAGCUCCGCAGCCCCGAAUCACACACUUCCAGGCUUUGGAUACCCGGGCUGUGGCUGGGAGAAAGCGAACCCCUCGGUUGACCACCCUGACCCAAAGAGAAGAGAGAAGGCAAGAAGAGAAGAGCAGGGCUUGGGAGCGAGAUCUCAGGACAUACAUGAACCUUGAUUUCUGA